CUUUGUAACCCGGAGGUUGUCACCUCGGACAUAGCAAGAGAUGAUUGACGUGUAAGAACCCUGCUCGUGUGUCAACACGGGUCCCGUCACCGAGCGUCCAUCUGCCGCACGGUGCUGGAUUAACGCCGCGGUUGAUGAGCCGAGCACGUUGCCGCCGCGCCUGAUCCACCUCAGCGCUCAGGAGACUAAUACGGGGGGAGGGAGGGGGGACGCGGCGGUCAACCGGAAGUGACGACAUACCCAGACUAGCUUUAUCCAAUAAACGCUGCUCGUUCACUCCGGUUUGUAGAUUAUCCUCAAAGCGUCGCUAUGGAUGUCGGUGCAUUUACUCGGGCCAGAUAAAAAAAAAAAAAAAAAAAAAAUCUUAACUAUGGAUCCAACUUUCAUUUUAUCAGCUGUCAUCUUCACCUUGCUCGCACUGGUGGUCGCGACGUCGCUGCUGAACGGCUCCUCCUCGCCGCCGCCUCCUCCUCCUCCGCCUCAGGACCCUCUCGACGCCCGGAGUCACCCGGGACCGGACGCGGCGGGAGGCGAGCCAGCGGCCAAGCAGAACGGCCAUGUACCGGACACGAAGAAGGGCAAGAAGGCGGCGGACGACUGGUGCGAGCUGAGCGGCAGCUCCCACGACCACUGGGACGUGGUGAAGUGUGUGCAGUCAGAGGACGCGCCGCUCAGCCCCAUCAGCGAGGAGCCGGCGCCCCCGGCCGCCGAGCGCUCCUCUUCGUCGGCGUCCACCCUGUCCGUGCCGAGGCCCGACUCCAGGCACACGAGCUUCGACUCGUCGUCCGAAGCCUCGUCGGGGCGCGGACGGCGCUCCUUCAUCGGGCUCUCUGACCAGGAGCUCCUAAAGUGUGCUUUUUCUGACCCCCAGACCGAAGGAGCCGCAGAGAGCCCGGAGGUCAACGACAAGACGGACUUCAACAACUCCUUCCAGUACGUUCCUGGAAAGUCGCGAUCCCACCACAUGGAGAUGAUGAUGUCCAAAGAGGAGCUGGAAGAGGAGCAGAGGGUGCAACGGGAGCAGCUGGCCGCCAUCUUCCAGCUGCUGAGGGACAACACGGAGACGUUCGGGGACGUCUCCGAGGGCGACAUGGAGGAGCAACUGCGCCUCUACUCCAUCUGAGGACUCUCGCGCGUUGCCUUAGCGACGGCCAAGGACGCCGCCCGACCUCAACAAGGAAAAGUAGCUUCCAUAUGAGGAGGUGUGAACAAGUGAUGACAUAAAUCAUGGUCCCAAUACGGAAAACCGUUGCAUCUAAUAGACAAUGUCUCAUUUGAAAUCUAUCAAAAUGAGGGUGGUCCCAAAAAGGAGGGAUUUUUCAAAUUAACUGUGUCGCUUUUAUAAGUGCUCCCCCUCUGGUCAACAUAUGAAAUAACAAGUGUGUGUAAGAAA